AUGGACAAGAAUAGGUUGACCUUCCGGGAAACAGAUGAGGCUGGCAAUCCCACUGCAACAUUCAUCUACUCAGGAGAUGGUUCAAAGGGGCGAGUGGACGUGAUAAGUUCCUCUAAACCCACCUCAUGGUCCAAGCCUCUAUUCAGCUCUCUGAGUGACGUUUUCCUUCCGUCUGGAUAUCCCCAUAGUGUCAGUGAUGACUAUCUUCCAUACCAAGUAUUCGACUCCCUCCAAGCCUUCAGCAGCUCAAUAGCAGGCCUCCUCUCCUCCCGCGCGGUUCUCCAAGGUACCAAGCCCAACUCCCACCGCAAUACCCAAAUCAAAACUAACAAUCCAGGCGUGGGCGUCGGCAACGCAACCGCCUCCCCAACCUCCGCCCUCCUCCUGCACAUACUGCAAGACACAUCAGGCCGCAUAGCCACAAUCCUCUUCGCACACCGCGUCGGCACAGCCCUAGAACCAGAAUGUAAGUCCUACCGACUCGCAGCAGACAUCUUCAACGACAUCGCCAUGAUCCUCGACUGUCUCAGUCCCGGUGUGCCGGGGGGCGCAAUGCGCGUGGCAGUGCUCAGUGCUGCGGGUGUGCUGCGCGCGCUGUGUGGUGUUGCUGGGGGUAGCUCGAAGGCUAGUCUUAGUGCGCACUUUGCGCGGUGGGGGAAUUUGGCGGAGGUUAAUGCUAAAGAUUCGUCUCAGGAGACUGUUAUCUCGCUAUUUGGCAUGCUGGUCGGAUCCCUGGUCAUAUCACACAUAACAAGUUUCACAACAACCUGGGCGGUCCUCCUCCUCCUGCUAGCAACGCAUCUAAGCAUGAACUACGCCGCCGUGCGCGCAGUGCAAAUGACAAGUCUGAACCGACAACGAGCGAACAUCGUCUUUUCCGCUCUCCUCGCGUCAGACCAAGUUCUAGCCUUGCGCCAAGAUCAAGAUCUCAAGUCCAACCGACUUACGCCCCUCACGCCCGCGCAGGUCGCGAGACAGGAACGCAUCUUCCCUAAUGGCACUUUACAGUGGACGGACUGGUCUACUGGAUCUGCAUCAGUGCAGACGCUUGGCUCGGCCAAAAUCGGUAUAUCAAUGGCUUUGUUCUUGGAUUCUAUCAAGAAUACGUCUACGCCGUUAGACCGGCUUACGGCGCUGUUCCAGGACGAGGCGUAUAUGCUCUUUCUUUCUCCGUUGGCUCCGAAGAAAUGGCAUGUUUCGAUCCUCUUGAAGAAAGAAUGUUCCGUUGCCGAUCAGCUAAAAGCGUGGGCUCAUGGAUUGUUAGCAGCGAGGAUUCUCAGGGCCGAAUCUGAAUCUGAAUCUGGAUCUGGAUCUGAUAUCUUUGACGUUAUUGAAAAAACACUUUCUGCACUCAACGGCCGCUUUGCUGGAUAUUUGCAUGCGUUGGGUGGUGCCGGGUGGGAUGUUGAUAUUGCUGCUCUUGAGACGGGGGCUGGGAAGAGGGUUGAUGUUGAUGUUGAUGUUGGGAUUUGA